AUAUUUAAUUCGUACCGAGCCAUUUGCGGCUCCUUUUAGAACGAUCAGCAUUUUCCAUUACUUAAAAUAAUAUAGUCUGCCCUUUUACUUUCUGAGACUUCGAUAAUCUAUAUUACUUUCAAUAUAACGUAUAUCAUAUUUUGUGUAAUGUGCAUUUCAUUGCAGUAUCAAGUUUAAUGGGUACUAAAAUAAAAAUUUUGAAUUCGAAGAAUAAUUCGUGAUAUUUGGGGAUUCGAUAUAAUUUUAUUAAGUGAAAAAUAAACUAAUUACAGAUAAUAAUUUUAUAGUAAAUAGCAAUAGAGGAAGAAGAGGUCACAAGUAUGAUCAGUUAUAAAAUAUGGUUUAUUAUAAACCAAGCAAUAUUAUGCUCAGAAAAACAGUAGUUGAAAAAAAAUUUAGAAGGUACAUUAUCUUCAAGCAUUGAUUGAUUUUAUUAUAUACAAAGUAAUAUAAUAAAGAUAAGAGAAUUCAAUGAUUUUAUUAUAUUAAUAGCAAUGAAGAUGGACUAAUUUAAAUAAGUGUACUUUUAUAUUUUAUUAUUAUUUUAUAUGAUAUUUUAUUUUUAUAUACAUAAAAUAAGAUGAAUUGAUCAAAUGAUAAUCAUUUGAAAACUGAUUAUGGAUUUAAUAAUAUUGUAAUAGGUUUUAUAUGAUUUAAAUAUUUUUUACUUUUGUUUUCUUAUAAUGAAAGUCUUUUAGAAUUAUGCCAACUUUACUUAAGAUGAAACUUUUUUUAAUAUUUUGUUUCUAUUAAUAUACAAAUUUGCAUUACAAGUCAUCUGUGAAAUUCUAUUACUAUACAAGAGUUAAGGUUGUACAAAGAAUUUACUCUCACAUGAACUAAAAGUUAGUCAUUUAAAUAAAAGAUUUGCUUGGCAAUUGCAGUUACUCCAAGAAAGUUAAAAUAGAGUUUUUAAAAAUAAAUAUUCGGAGAUAAAAAUAAAUAUUGCGAGGUAGAUCUUCUGUUUUGUUUUUAUUUUGUUAUAACAUUUUCUCUCUUUUUUUUAAGAAUCUUCGGUUAUAUUUAAUAUAUAAUUAAAUAUAACCUUCGUUAAAUUUAAUAAAAAAUACUAGAGUUUUUAAAAAAUGUAAACAAAAUUAUCUUCGUAUCAAAUUUUUUUUUAUAUUCUUCACACCAUAAAUAAAAAUAAAAUAGGUUAUUAGACAGUGAAAAAUAUUUAGACAUCAUAAAAUGUUUUUACGCAUUCUUUUAUACGCAAAACAAAUUAAAUUUAUGAACAACUGCGUUACAGAAUAAGUCUUUUUAACCUUUUCACAAACCAAUUAACAAUAGGGAUUUUGGCAGUACGGACUUGACAAAUGUUUCCACCAUGCAACUUUUCAUUGGACUGUCUUUCAAUAUAGUGAGUUCAAGCGAGAAUAAAAACGAGAACUGAAGGAAGGCCUAAGACUAUUUGAUAUAUUUCAAGAAUAAUUAAGAAAAUUAAUUCUAUUUAAAUCACAAUGAAAUCUGCACGUGGAAAAAUGUUAGGGUUAUCCCGUAAACCAAUUAAUCGUAUAAGAGGUACUAACAUGUUAUGUAAAGAUCCUGUACAAGUAUACUGUCGUUUAAAACCUAUGCAAUUUCCUAAUGAUAUAUCGUGUAUGAGAGUUAUAUCAGAUACGACAAUAGUAAUCACACCACCAGAAUCUGCAGUUAAUUUUCGUAAUACCAGUAAUAAAGAAAUACAAACUACAUUUACUCGUGUAUUUCCACCAGAUGCUACACAAAAAGAAAUAUUUGAUACAGUAGCUUUACCUUUGGUUGAAAAUCUUAUACAAGGAAGAAAUGGUUUGUUGUUUACAUAUGGGGUAACUGGCAGUGGUAAAACAUAUACUAUGACAGGGGAUUCUUCUCAAGAUGGGAUUAUGCCCCGUUGUUUUGAUGUUAUAUUUAAUAGCAUUAUGAAUUAUCAAACUAAGAAAUUUGUAUUUAAACCUGAUAAACUCAAUGGUUUUGAUGUACAAAGUGAAGCAGAUGCAAUGUUAGAUCGACAAAGUGAAAUACAUGCUGGUCUUAUGUCUCAGAAAAAUGGAAAAUCUGGGAAACUACGUAAAAUAGACAGUGACAGUGAUAGUAAUCCUGUUAUAAUUCGCGGAUGCAAUGAAGUCCAAACUCUUACUAUUGAUCAAGAUAACGCAUAUGCUGUAUUUGUUACAUAUGUUGAGAUAUAUAACAAUAGUGUAUAUGAUUUAUUGGAUGAUGAUGAUGUUAGAGCUAAAACAUUACAAAGUAAAAUUGUCAGAGAAGAUGGUAAUAAAAACAUGUAUGUCCAUGCUGUCACAGAAGUGGAAGUAAAAAGUUCUGAAGAAGCAUUCGAAGUAUUUCAUCGUGGUCAGCGAAAAAGACGUGUUGCUCAUACCGCUCUUAAUGCAGAAUCAAGUAGAUCUCACAGUGCAUUUACUAUUCGUCUUGUACAGGCACCUCUAGAUUGCGAAGGCGAGCAAGUUAUACAAGACAAACGUGUGAUAUGUAUAAGUCAAUUAUCAUUAGUUGACUUAGCUGGAAGCGAGCGUACAAAUCGUACUAAGAAUACGGGGCAACGAUUGAGAGAAGCAGGAAAUAUAAAUAAUUCCUUGAUGACUCUUCGAUCAUGCAUGGAAAUUUUAAGAGAGAAUCAAAUACAAGGAACUAGCAAAAUGGUGCCAUACAGAGAUUCAAAACUUACACAUUUGUUUAAGAAUUACUUUGAUGGGGAAGGACAAGUCAGGAUGAUUGUUUGUGUUAAUCCAAGAGCAGAUGAUUAUGAUGAAACAAUCCAAGUGAUGAAAUUUGCUGAAGUAACUCAAGAAGUACAAGUAGCAAGGUCUACAGUUACAAAACUUGAUCUUGGUUAUACACCUGGAAGAAGACAAGCAAAUAAAAUAUUCAAAGAAGCAAGAAAUAGAUUGGAGAAAGAAGGUCGUGUAGAAGCUAAUGGUUUAGAAAUUGAUAUAGGUUUAGUAUACAGCUUGGGUGGACCAUUUCCUGAACUAGAAAUGAAUAAUCCACACAAUGAUCAAAUCAUAACAAAUUUAAUGCAUUUCUUAGAACAAAGAAUAAAUAAACGAAAUAUAUUACGGGCUGAUUUACAACAAAAACAAAAUGAAUUCAGAAAAAUGCUUUCAUCGACGGAACAAGAAAAUAUUAGUUUAAAAGUAGAAAAUGCUGCAUUGAAAGCUUCGAAUUCACAACAAAAGAAAAAGAUUUUAGCUUUGGAAGGUCAUCUUGGAAAAACAGAAGCGCAAAUUGAUAGUUUGAUUUGCAAAUUAAAUAAUGCAAACGAAACAAUAAAAAAUAUGCAACAAGAAUUAAAAGACAGAGAUAUGGCAUUAAAUCAACGUUUGAUAGAUAAACAAAGGGUCAAACAAAAAUAUAAUACCAAGAUACAGGUAGAAACUGAUAAAAUGAAUAAAGAAUUAGAAGUAAAACUUCGUCAACAACGUGAACAACUUCAAAAUCAAAUGAAAGCGCAAGAUGAUAAAUUGAGAUUAGUGAAACAAAUUUUAGUUGAUGAAAAUGAUAUUAAUUCAGAAAAGAUUGUAUCCAAGGAUGUACCAUCUGUUACACCUGUUCGUGUAGCAGAUGUUACAAAAAGAUUAGUACCUUGUACGGAUGGAAGAUCACGCAAAGAUAAAGCAAUGGUAUCAAAUCCGAGAUACAGACGGUCUCAAAGUGCAGAUAGAUGGAUCGAUCAUAGACCUGGAGCACUUGUUCCUCUUGGAACAGUGCUUCAACCAUUAAUGCGUAGGAGACGAAGUGUUAAUCGACUUACAGAUCCAAAAGAAAUUACAGACGGCGCGUCUAGGUAUUGUCUUGUAGCACAAGAACAUGAUACGGAUGGAGAACUUGAGACAAAACUUUAUAAGGGAGACAUUUUACCAACUUCUGGCGGAGGAGCCCAAGUAGUAUUUAACGACAUGGAAUGUUUAAAACAAUUAUCACCAAAAGCAAGAAAACGUAGUGGACCAGCAGAAAUAGAUGCCCAAACAAGUUUGACGAAUCACAGUUUAGAAACGCAUAAUAAAAGGCCACGGGUAAUAAAUUAAAUAUAAUCUUUGAAAAGAAAAAUCUCUUUUCAAACUUCAUAACAUUUUGAUACAAUUUGCUCUAUAAUAAGAACAUUACUUCAAGAGUUUAUAUUAAAUCUAUGUAAUAUUCAAUUAAACGUUUUUUAUCAUGUCUUCUUUAAAAUAACAAUACUAGCAGUUCUAUAUUAUAAGGAACUUUUUAAUAUUGUAGAUUCUUAUAGAGACAUCACACUAAUAUUAUAUGAACUUAUUUAUUAUAUUUAAAAAUAAGAACAUUUCA